AUGUUUUUAUUUAUCCCUCAGAGAGGGAUAAAUAAAAGCACAAAAGUUUUCUCUUUUAUCUAUCUAUCUAUCUAUCUAUUCCAAAACUUCAAUGAAUUUAUUCUAUCUAUCUGUCUAUUUAAGAGUCAGUCUCUCCAUAUCUAUCUAUCUAUCUAUCUAUCCCCAAAAUUCAGUGCUUUUAUUUUCUCUCUCUGCUUCUCUCAAUCUUUCUCUAUCUCUUUCACUUUAUCUCUUUCUCUCUCUACCAAUCCGCAACUUUUCCUCCAUUUUUUCCGUUAUUUCUUUCUUUCUUUCCCCCAUUUUUCCGUAAUUUCUUUUUUUCUUUCUUUUUUCUUUCUUUCUUUCUUUCUUUCUUUCUUUCUUUCUUCUUCGUUCCUUUCCUUCAUUUUUUCCGUAAUUUCUUUCUUUCCCCCAUUUUUCCAUAAUUUCUUUCUUUCUUUAUUUAUUUAUUUCUUUCUUUAUUUCUUUCUUUCUUUUUUUCUUUCUUUCUUUCUUUCUCCUUCGUUUCUUUCCUCCCUUUUUUCUGUAAAUUUCUUUCUUUCUUUCUUUCUUUCUUUCUUUAAAUUUAAUUUAAUUAAUAUAACAUAA